AUGACUCGAGCUCCACGGCGCUCGACCAAGAUCAACCGACUAGGUCCUGUUGCAGUUGCCGUUAACGAUGCACAUACUAUCCCGAACCGCCCACCUAUAUUAUCAUGCUCCUACCAUCAUUCGAUACUUCAACUAAAGGCCACGCUAAACACACUCGCAAAUAUGGAUCCUAUGGAUCGCUUCCUCGCUGCGCCUUCAUCACAUCAUCCUGUCGCGUUCACAGAAACCUUGGUUGUAGGCACUGCUGUUUCGGACGGAUGUACAUGCGUCUCGAACUCACCUAGCAUAUUGGGACCAUUGUCACGAAGAACUAUCAUGGAGGAUGAUACUUUCGCAAGUUAA